AUGGCGUUCCGCGGGGUCUGCGCAGUUCUCCAUGCCAGUACCGGGAACGCCACUGGAGUCCCCUCAGGCCGUGAUGCUUGCCUUCGAGGUUACGACCAAGAUUGUUAUAACCAGAUCACCAAGAAGCAGUGCUGCUGGAGUGGGGCGCUGCGCCUGGGCUUCACGAGCAAGGACCCCUCCCGCAUCCACCCUGACUCGCUGCCCAAGUACGCCUGCCCCGACCUGGUCUCCCAGAGCGGCUUCUGGGCCAAGGCGCUGCCCGAGGAAUUUGCCAACGAGGGCAACAUCAUCGCCUUCUGGGUGGACAAGAAGGGCCGUGUGUUUUACCGCAUCAACGACUCGGCUGCCAUGCUCUUCUUCAAUGGGGUCCGCACGGCAGACCCACUCUGGGCCCUGGUGGACGUCUACGGCCUCACGCGGGGUGUCCAGCUGCUUGACAGCGAGCUGGUGCUGCCGGACUGCCUGCGGCCCCGCUCCUUCACCGCCCUGCGGAGGCCGUCGCUGCGGCGCGAGGCCGACGACGCGCGCCUCUCGGUGAGCCUGUGCGACCUCAACGUGCCGGCGGGGGAAGGCGAGGAGGCCCCGCAGGCCGCGGGCUGCCCGAUCCCGCAGAACUCGCUCAACUCGCAGCACAGCCGCGCGCUCCCCGCGCAGCUCGACGGCGACCUGCGCUUCCACCCGCUGCGCGCCGGCGCGCACGUCCGGAUCCUGGACGAGCAGACGGUGGCGCGCCUGGAGCACGGGCGCGACGAGCGCGCGCUCGUCUUCACCAGCCGGCCGGUGCGCGUGGCCGAGACCGUCUUCGUCAAGGUCACGCGCUCCAGCGGCGCCCGGCCGGGCGCGCUCUCCUUUGGCGUCACCACGUGCGACCCCGGCACGCUGCGGCCCGCGGACCUGCCCUUCAGCACGGAGGCCCUGGUGGACCGCAAGGAGUUCUGGGCCGUGUGCCGCGUGCCCGGGCCCCUGCAGAGCGGCGACAUCCUGGGCCUGGUGGUCAACGCCGAGGGCGAGCUGCACCUGAGCCACAACGGCGCCGCCGCGGGCAUGCAGCUGUGCGUGGACGCCUCGCAGCCCCUGUGGAUGCUCUUCGGUCUGCAUGGAGCCAUCGCGCAGAUCCGCCUCCUCGGCUCCACCAUUCUGGCAGAGCGGGGCAUCCCAUCACUUCCCUGCUCCCCCGCCUCCACACCAACCUCGCCCAGUGCCCUGGGCAGCCGCCUCUCUGACCCCUUGCUCAGCACCUGCAGCUCGGGACCUCUGGGGAGCUCUGCUGGCGGGACAGCCCCCAACUCGCCGGUGAGCUUGCCCGAGUCGCCGGUGACCCCAGGCACGGGCCAGUGGAGUGAUGAGUGCACCAUUUGCUAUGAGCACGCAGUGGACACGGUCAUCUACACAUGUGGCCACAUGUGCCUCUGCUAUGCCUGUGGCCUGCGCCUCAAGAAGGCUCUGCACGCCUGCUGCCCCAUCUGCCGCCGCCCCAUCAAGGACAUCAUCAAGACGUACCGGAGCUCCUAGCCCGGCGUGCCCACCCCUCGCGCCGCCUCCUCGGACUGCAGCCCAGCGCCAGCUGAGGGGCAAGCCACGGGGCCCUUCUCCUCUUCCUCAUUUUGGAAACUCUCUUCCCUUCUCCAUUAAACUUGGGAAACUGA